AUGAAGGGAACCAUGAGGUACUUAGCUGGGAUAGCAGGUCAAAGCGGAUAUGGAUCAAAGUCAACUGCUGAUCAAGUUACUCAAGAUUGUUCUUCCCUUCCUCCUCGUCUCACUGCUAUUGUCACUGGCGCUACAUCUGGAAUCGGAGCAGAGACAGCGAGAGUAUUAGCAAAGAGAGGGGUGAAGAUUGUGAUGCCGGCGAGAGAUCUAAGGAAGGCGGCGAGAGUGAAAGAAAAUAUACAAAAGGAGCACCCCAAAGCUGACAUCAUAGUCUUGGAGAUUGAUCUCAGUUCAUUUGCUUCCAUCAAAAAAUUUUGUUCUGAAUUUUUGUCACUAGAAAUACCUCUUAAUAUUCUCAUAAAUAACGCAGGCAAAUUUUCUCAGAAGUUGGAGUUCUCAGAGGACAAAUUUGAGAUGACAUUUGCUACAAAUUACUUGGGUCAUUUUCUGCUUACGGAGCUAUUGUUAGAGAAGAUGAUAGAUACAGCAAGACAGACAGGAGUCGAAGGAAGAAUAGUGAAUGUUUCUUCUGUGAUUCAUAGUUGGGUGAAAAAGGACCAUUUCGAUUUCAACCGAAUGCUCCAACCAAAGCAUUAUAAUGCAACUCGAGCAUAUGCUCAAUCGAAGUUGGCCAACAUAAUGCAUGCUAAUGAGCUCGCAACACAAAUGAAGGCAAUAGACGCAAACAUAACUAUCAAUUCUGUGCAUCCAGGGAUCGUGAAGACUGGAAUCAUCAGGGAUCAUAAAGGCAUUAUCACGGAUUCUAUGUUCUUUGUUGCUUCCAAGUUGUUGAAGUCAACAUCGCAAGGAGCAUCAACUACAUGUUAUGUUGCUCUAAGCGCAAAAAUGGAAGGGGUGAGUGGGAGAUAUUUUGCAGAUUGUAAUGAGAGUCGUUGCUCUGCACUUGCUAGUGAUGAUUCUGAAGCACACAAGCUAUGGAAACAGACUCGAGCACUUAUCUAUAAACGACUAAGAAAUGAAAUAAAAUCUUGA